CUGUCACGGAAAUGGUAACCGGAAUGACUGGCCAAAAUGACGAAAAGACGGAUGAUGAUGAUGGGAUUUUUACCCCUAACGGAAUACAUGGUACAGAUGAAACGGAUCUUGCUGCCUCGAGGCUCAAUCGCCGUAGCUAUGUUCAUUUGGAAUCGGAAAGAGUUCAUAUCAUUUGGGAUCUUUUCGCCAUAGCAUCCAUCUUGACAUUCAUCGCAGAUAUAACCACCGAUGUAGUAGUUUCCGUGCAUUAUUUCCUUGAUGGAAAAUAUCUUUGGUUUGCUUUAACUUUAGGAUUUGUAAUUUUGUCUUCCCUUGUAAUGCAAAUAUUUUCUGCCAAAUGGUUUCACGAAGAUGGCGAAUAUCAGAAUUGGUGUACGUACUUGAUGCAUCUUUUUCAACUGGGUCCGAUUGUCAGAUACUGGCGUGUCGUUAAAACUGGAUGGCGUACUCGUCAACAAAAUUCAGCUAACACUGUCAAUGUCUAUGAAGUUUAUCUGGCAGAAUGGAGAGACAUAACCAUGUUAAGACUGUUUGAGUGUUUUUUAGAAUCUGCACCACAGUUGGUUCUUCAGCUUUUUAUUAUGGCUCACAAUAAGCGAUUUGAUGCUGAGAGUGAUUGGUUGACAGUAUUUGCCACUGGAAGUUCCUUGGUGUCUCUUGCAUGGGCAAUUGCAGCAUACUACAAAGCUCUCAGAGACUUCUUAAGACAAAGAGAAAGCCACUCAUGGGUUGGAUUCUUUCUUCAAAUAAUUUGGCGUAUGUGUAUGGUGGCAUCUCGAGUUGUAGCACUGGUGUUAUUUGCCUCUUACUAUACCAUUUGGCUGUUUGUGGUGGUAGCCAUUCACUGGCUAGUGAUGACAACUUGGCUAAUUUUCCAGAAAACUAGAUUUUGUGUUGAUGAUAAAGGUAUACGUCAUCUUUGUCGAGAGUAUUUGUUUGAUGCUGUCAUUGGGUUUGUGUAUAUCUUUUGUUUCUUCAACAUCAGGGAAGGUAUGACCCGUAUUCGAGCAAUUCCUUACUAUGUCGUUAUGUUGGGAGAAAACACUGUUUUUGUAGUGAUGUGGUAUCCAUUUAGAACACUUUAUGGAGACAUUGAAAUUGCUGCACUUAGUAUCGUCUGGGGUGCAUUUGGAAUAGGACUCUUGUGUAUGAUUUCUUACUAUUCUUUUUACCAUCCAAGUCUUCCUGUGAAGGGCAUUUGUGUGAAGAAGUCUGGACUCAAUUUGCAAGAGCGUCAACGCAUGACAAUUUGUUGGUGCUGCUUCUGUGAAAUCACAGCCAGACACUCCACUAUGGAAGAAAAUAAUGAUAAAUGCAGACUAGCCAUUCAUCAGAGACCUUUUGAAUCUACAAGAAACAAAAAAGCUACUCGUUCAUAUGGAAGCUUACCAGUUGAUGUGGAAAUUUUACCUGGUAUGUCAAGAGAAAUUCAUUCACCAAUUUAUUUAAAUCGUCAAGAACCAAGCAAUGGUGAGAUUACAGGAAUGCGGGGAAUGUAUGCAAGGUCCUCAUGGUUAUAACUCUUAAAAUAUUCUUCUGUGUGAUGAAGCUCGUGUGAUGACAGUGUUAAGUUCCUGUUUACCUAUGGCUCAUUUACUGCAGACGACAAAUUAAUUUAUUUCUAACUUAUACUAUAGUAUAACAUAUAGUAUUAAUGAUAUACUAUAGUAUAUCAGCCUUUAUUCUAUAGGAUAACAGUUAUUAUUAAAAACUGGAUCAUUGGAUAAUGCAAU